AUGGUGAGGAAGCUUAGCUUCACUUCCCUUUUCUACAGCACAAACAUCCCAUGGACUUCAUGCAAGCAAGCAAGAACCAAGUCCUUCAGAGCAGCAGGAGAAAGCUGCAAUGGAGAUAUUAAUGUGAGCAAGAUGAGGGAUUUGGAAUGCUCAGAAUCCAUCGACUCUUUUUUCACAAAUACAUCGGAAGAGUUGGAAAGCUUUUCGACAGUGUCGGAGGGAUCGGAGAUGGAGAUGGUGUUGCGAGGGUUGAGGUCAGAGAGGAGGCUCUUUUUUGAGCCAAGAUGGGCAUCCUCCAUUAUGGAAGAUGUUAGAGUCAAUGCUACUGAUACACCAUUUGAAGGAAGCAUUGCAAUGACCUUAGAGUCAGAGGACCCUUACAAUGAUUUUAGGACUUCAAUGGAGGAGAUGGUAGUGGCCUAUGGAGUGGGAGAGCUUGAGGAUCUUCUAGGGUGGUACUUGAAGGUCAAUGGGAAGGAGACCCAUGGGUUUAUACUUGGGGCUUUCAUUGACUUAGCUCUUAUGCUUUCUUCUCCUUUGUCUUGUUAUUGUCCUUGUUCUUUUACUUCUUCUUGUUCUUCAACUUCAUCUUUUGAGAUUGUGAAGUUGGAGGAGGAGGAAGAGGGAGACACAAGCACUGGAUCAUAUUAG